UCUGCUAUUCGCUAGUAGGCGAAUAACCGUUUAUGAAUACCGCAUUAACGAACACGUAUCAGACUUCAGUGUGUACUUCCGCUCAAAAUGGCAGGCGUCGUGAAGGUUACAACUGGUUUGACAGGCCUGCCUGUUGCUAAACAUCCCCAUCAUACCCUAAAAAUUCUCUAUGAGAAAAUUCUACGCACCUUGGCAAAGAUGCCUGAAGAUGCUACCUAUCGGAAAAACACACAAAUGAUUGUCCAAGAACGGUUAUCAUUAGUAAAUUCAGAACCUGAUGUUACCAAACUGGAAAAUAUUGUCAAGGCUGGCCAAGUUGAAGAAAUCAUACUCCAGGCUCAUCGAGAAUUAUCUUUAUCCAGAAAGAUGUUGGAAUGGCGACCUUGGGAACCCUUAAUUGGUGAAGCACCUCCAAAUCAAUGGAAAUGGCCUAUAUAAAUGUAUUAUCUAAAGGUAUUAGUUAGAAAUGUACUUAUUUUUAGUUUAUAUUAAAUUAUGAGAAACAUCUAAAAUGAGUGAUCAGAAAAAUUUUGCUAAAUAAAAAUAGAAUGGUCUAAA